CCCCUGUCCCAGAACAGUUGAGGUCAUUGACUCCCCUCGUUGGCUUCCUUUCUUCACUUUCCUGGCAUUUGCAAACCUUGUGACUUCAGGAUGUCAGGACUUAAUUUGGAUGGGGGGUGCGGGUGAGUCCGGGAAGAGCACCAUCGUCAAGCAGAUGAAGAUUAUCCACCAGGACGGGUACUCGCUGGAAGAGUGCCUCGAGUUCAUCGCCAUCAUCUACGGCAACACGUUGCAGUCCAUCCUGGCCAUCGUACGCGCCAUGACCACACUCAACAUCCAGUACGGAGACUCUGCACGCCAGGACGACGCCCGGAAGCUGAUGCACAUGGCAGACACUAUCGAGGAGGGCACGAUGCCCAAGGAGAUGUCGGACAUCAUCCAGCGGCUGUGGAAGGACUCCGGUAUCCAGGCCUGUUUUGAGCGCGCCUCGGAGUACCAGCUCAACGACUCGGCGGGCUACUACCUCUCCGACCUGGAGCGCCUGGUAACCCCGGGCUACGUGCCCACCGAGCAGGACGUGUUGCGCUCGCGAGUCAAGACCACUGGCAUCAUCGAGACGCAGUUCUCCUUCAAAGACCUCAACUUCCGGAUGUUCGAUGUGGGCGGUCAGCGCUCGGAGCGCAAGAAGUGGAUCCACUGCUUCGAGGGCGUGACCUGCAUCAUCUUCAUCGCGGCGCUGAGCGCCUACGACAUGGUGCUGGUGGAGGACGACGAAGUGCAUCUGCAACCACCGCUACUUCGCCACGACGUCCAUCGUGCUCUUCCUCAACAAGAAGGACGUCUUCUUCGAGAAGAUCAAGAAGGCGCACCUCAGCAUCUGUUUCCCGGACUACGAUGGACCCAACACCUACGAGGACGCCGGCAACUACAUCAAGGUGCAGUUCCUCGAGCUCAACAUGCGGCGCGACGUGAAGGAGAUCUAUUCCCACAUGACGUGCGCCACCGACACGCAGAACGUCAAAUUUGUCUUCGACGCUGUCACCGACAUCAUCAUCAAGGAGAACCUCAAAGACUGUGGCCUCUUCUGAGGCCAGGGCCUGUGCUGCAGUCGGGGACAAGGAGCUUCCGUCUGGCAAGGCCGGGGCACAAUUUGCACUCCCCUCAGCUAGACGCGCAGACUCAGCAAUAAACCUUUGCAUCAGG